GAUACAAGAGUGGUGCUGAUGCAGGGCGGUGAGCGCGCGCAGGAUCAGGAUGAUGCGAUUUCUGAACUCGGGGCACCUUCUGUAGGCUUCUGAAUGGACAUUUUAAGCCGCUCCCUUCAAUACAGACUUUGAUAUCUACUGAGAGAUUUUAGACGAAGGCAAUUGUUCGACUUUUAUUUUACCUAUAUAACGUAGCCUAAUGGGCAACUGAAAAUGAUCUGCCCAUGCCUCUGCCCAGAAGGCGAGAGGUUCAUCGAUGAAGGACGUUUUAUCUGACGCUAUUCAACAGAUCAACACUCGCAGAAUUGGUACACUAGGUCGACUUUAAGUUUUUUGCUGUGGCUUUUGCUUAUCUGCAAAGACAGACAUGGCGGACGCAGCCGAAUGCGGUAUCAAAGUAUUGUGCCGAUUUAGGCCAUUAAAUGAAUCCGAAAUUACAAGAGGAGAUAAGUACAUUCCUAAAUUUAAAGAAGAGGACACCGUGGUUAUAACAAGCAAACCAUAUGUCUUUGACCGCGUCCUUCCCCCAAACACUGCCCAGGAGCAGGUCUACGAUGCGUGUGCCAAGCAGAUUGUUAAAGACGUCCUUGGAGGCUACAAUGGGACCAUCUUUGCUUAUGGGCAAACAUCGUCAGGGAAGACACACACGAUGGAGGGGAAGCUCCAUGACCCCCAGCUGAUGGGCAUCAUCCCCCGCAUCGCCCAUGACAUCUUUGACCACAUCUACUCCAUGGACGAGAACCUGGAGUUCCACAUCAAGGUCUCAUAUUUUGAAAUAUACCUGGACAAGAUCAGAGAUCUGCUUGAUGUUUCAAAGACCAACCUUGCUGUACACGAGGACAAAAACAGGGUGCCCUAUGUCAAGGGCUGUACAGAGCGUUUCGUCUCCAGUCCGGAGGAGGUCAUGGACGUCAUCGAUGAGGGCAAGAAUAACCGACAUGUGGCAGUGACAAACAUGAACGAGCACAGUUCCAGGAGUCACAGCAUCUUCCUGAUCAACAUUAAACAGGAGAACAUCGAGACAGAGAAGAAACUGUCUGGAAAACUCUACCUGGUUGACCUAGCAGGCAGUGAAAAGGUCAGCAAAACUGGGGCGGAAGGAGCCGUGCUGGACGAAGCUAAAAAUAUCAAUAAGUCCCUUUCGGCGCUUGGGAACGUCAUCUCCGCUCUGGCUGAGGGCACCAAAACCCACGUGCCGUACAGAGACAGCAAGAUGACCCGCAUCCUGCAGGACUCCCUGGGGGGCAACUGCCGGACCACCAUCAUCAUCUGCUGCUCCCCCUCUGUCUACAACGAGGCGGAGACCAAGUCCACCCUCAUGUUCGGACAGAGGGCCAAGACCAUCAAGAACACUGUAUCUGUGAACCUGGAGCUGACCGCUGAGGAGUGGAAAAAGAAGUAUGAGAAAGAGAAGGACAAGAACAAGAGCCUGAAGAACAUCAUCCAGCGCCUGGAGGUGGAACUCAACCGCUGGAGGAACGGUGAGAACGUUCCGGAAGAAGAGCAGCUGAGUGCCAAGGACCAGAAGAACCAAGAGCCCUGCGACAACACGCCGGUCAUCGACAACCAGGUCCUGGCCAGCAGCGCCGUCUCGAGUGAGGAGAAGAGCAAGUAUGAGGAGGACAUCAGCAACCUCUACAAGCAGCUGGACGACAAGGAUGAUGAGAUCAACCAGCAGAGUCAGCUGGUGGAGAAGCUGAAGGAACAGAUGCUGGACCAGGAAGAGCUGCUGGCGUCAACAAAGUUGGACUACGUGAAGGUGCAGGACAUCCUGACGCGCCUGCAGCAGGAGAACGAGGCAGCCAAGGAGGAGGUGAAGGAGGUGCUGCAAGCCCUGGAGGAGCUGGCCGUCAACUACGACCAGAAGAGCCAGGAGGUGGAGGACAGGAGCCGCUCCAAUCACCAGCUGACAGAGGAGCUGGUCCAGAAGACCGCGGGGCUCGUGGAGGUGCAGAGGGAGCUGGCUCAUCUCCAGGAGCUCAGUGGUCACCAGAAGAAGAGAGCGUCUGAAAUCCUCAACCUGCUGCUGAGGGAACUCAGCGAUAUAGGGAGCAUCAUCGGCGCCCACGACGUCAAGAUGACUUCAGAGGGGAACGGUAACGGUAACGGGGUAGCUAUCGAGGAAGAGUUCACCAUGACCCGUCUCUACAUCAGCAAGAUGAAGUCAGAGGUCAAGUCGCUGGUCAACCGCAGCAAGCAGCUGGAGACGGCCCAGGCAGACUCCAGCCGCAAGAUGCAGGCCAACGAGAAGGAGCUGGCCUCCUGCCAGUUACUCAUCUCCCAGCACCAGGCGAAGAUCAAGUCCCUGAUGGACUACAUGCAGAACAUGGAGCAGAAGAAGAGACAGCUGGAGGAGACCCAGGAUACUCUCACAGAGGAGCUGGCCAAGCUCCACGCUCAGGAGAAAAUGCACGUGGUGUCGGACAAGGAGAAGGAGAGCGUGAGCAGGCUGGAGGGAGAGGAGGAGAUCAAGAAGACCCUGGAGGAGCAGAUGGAGUGCCACCGAGAGGCCCACCAGAAGCAGCUGUCUCGCCUGCGCGACGAGAUCGAGGACAAGCAGAGGCUGCUGGACAAGCUCACCGAUCUGAACCAAGGACUACUGCUGGAGCAAGAGAGGAUGAUGUCUGAUUAUGAAAAACUCAAAGCAGAGGAACAGGAGAAAGACGCCAAACUUCAGAACCUUAUGCUCCUAAAUGAACAGAAGGAGCAGGCCCAGGAAGACCUUAAGGGACUGGAGGAGACUGUGGCAAAAGAGCUGCAGACUCUGCAUAACUUGCGCAAAAUCUUUGUACAAGACCUCACAACACGCGUCAAGAAGAGUGCCGAGCUGGACUGUGAAGAUGGAGUGGGCAGCGCCGCUCAGAAACAGAAAAUCUCCUUCCUGGAGAACAACCUGGAGCAGCUCACCAAAGUCCACAAGCAGCUGGUCCGUGACAACGCAGACCUGCGCUGCGAGCUGCCCAAGCUGGAGAAGCGUCUGCGGGCCACUGCAGAACGGGUCAAGGCCCUGGAGAACGCCCUGAAGGAGGCCAAGGAGAACGCCAUGAGGGACCGUAAGCGCUACCAGACGGAGGUGGACCGCAUCAAAGAGGCCGUGAGGGCCAAGAACAUGGCCAGGAGGGGCAACUCUGCUCAGAUCGCUAAGCCCAUCCGCUCAGGACACCACCCUCUGUCCUCUCCUACUGUCUACAGCCACCAGUACAACCACAACAAAUAGACCCAGGACCUGCAUGUACAGACCACCUCAUAGCUGGACCACCAUGGCCCCCUACCUAUCUGCACCCCCCUGCCUGUUCUUGGAACGCCAACCUGGCUCUCAUCUUUUACUGACUGGCAGACAAACCUCCUCCUCAACUAACUCUCUGAGCUCCUGUAUAUAUUUACAUGAUACAGUACAUAUGGCCAUGCAAUGUAAUCGCGUACUGCAUUAACUGCUUUGAGAGCUCUCCAAGUGUACUGUAGUAGAUCUACAGGGGUUGUUCUUGUGAAGCGUCAAAAUGCACCUGUAGAAAAAUCGCAUUGGCAUUUGAGCUCCACCUGCACUGUGUUUUUGCACUAAAAUAGCCUAUCACAAUUAUAAUUUGCACAUUUUCCUCGUUCGCUUACAAUAGAUGUGUAAUUAUAGUCUCUGUUAUCAUUUUCCAAAGCUUUUUGUCUGUUUGGUAUUGCAUAGUCUGUUACAUAGUCUGUUGCAUAGUCUGUUACCUUCAUGAUACAUAACAACUUCCUUAUGAAAGAGGGGCACUACUAGGUUGAUCAUUCAGAGUUAGUGGUAAGUGACAGUGUUCGGCAUGAAUUGUCAGCAUUAGUUACAAUACAGACCUGUCGUUUGUGAUUUACUGGUUUAGUAAUACCUUUUACUUUUGAAAUUGAUAGAAAUACCACACUGUACCAAGGGAUACCAUGGGAUGAUUUACUGGGAAUUUUCGUAGGUGUAGGGUUAAGGUGUAUGGUACUGUCUUCCACCUGCAGCUGAGAUUCUGAUCAGCCAAUCAAAUGUCCCUGCAGUUGGACAGGAGACGUGUAUGUUUUACAUAGACGACAGACCUAGAACUUUCUCUUACAGUGUGGCACCAGUAAAAUGUAAACUGAUGUUCGACCAAGCUGCCCACUGCAAACAGCAGCAGGUUUUGGCUCAUCCUGCUGACCUCAGUGCCUUUAGAAAACUCUUGGAGACUUUUUGACACGCAGUAUUGUUUGUUUCUGACUGACUGAACAAGCCUUUGAGCCUUGAUGACAAAACUAGAAGAAAUCUUGCAAUGGAGAAAUGUGCCCCCUCUCAGAAAUGACCCUCAGAGUUGAAUUUGUUCCUACAUUGCUUUACAUGUUAUUGUAUUUCAGCAUGUUCUUGGGUGUACACAUUAUGUAAAUGUGCUCAUCUGCAAAUGAUAGCAGAUAUCAUGGCAGGACUAAUUAUUUAUGGUUGUAUGGUUUCUGUAUUUAGCUUUCAGUUGUUACAAUGGACAAUGCUGUUGAACAUGGAUGGCUUCAGAAGGAAUAUGGUACGCCUGCUGUACUUGACUGAUAAUGACAGUUACUGUAUAAGUGCAUGU